AUGCUACCUGUUUCAGGAAGGUUCGAUUAUCGCUCGUUGUUUCCAGCUGAAGGCAAAUCUCUUUGUCAUUCUUUAGACCAGUUUAUUCAUCCUGAGUUAAAAAGAUUUUUGGAAAGUUGUGCCGGAAUUUCAGACACCACUGAGGUUAAAAAGCAAUUGAAGUUGCAUAUGGUCAUUGCAUUACUUUGCAACUUGCUAGAUAGAAGGUCUUGUUUUCUUCAAACUCUGCUAGGAUUGUUUGCAUUUGCUAAUGGCCUUAGAGACAGAGGUUUUCAGAUUUUGGGUAUGUUUGGGAUUCUGCCAUCCAUUCAGCACAUCAGAAAUCAUGGCAAACAUUGGGCUGCAGAACGAAAGUUGAUUAAUGAGUUAGAUGUGAUGCAGUUUUGGAGAGUGACUGUUGACAACUUGGAAUUCAAGAUGGCUUUUGCAAAGAAGAUUUUUAGUGGUGGAUACCAAAAGCGAAUGCUGCAUCUCCUGACUGGCCAAGUUUCACAUCAUUCUCCAUCUGCAGAACCCUGUCCAACUGCUUGCCCAUUAGCUAGCUGUGAGGUAUCUCGACUGCCUGAAAGCUUGCAAGAAUUAGAUUUCUUAGACUUGACCAUUUCUGAACGAGCACAUUAUUGUAAGUUUGCAUCAACUGUGCUUUCUGUCAUUGGUUCUGCAGAUCGUUUGUUUUGCAAACCAUCAGAGUGCUCCCAGUCACUUCUCCAGGUCUUAUGGACUAGGUUAGAGUCAUUCACACCUGCUGAGUCUGAUGUGAUCAAAUAUGCAACAGUUAGAGAGGCAUACUCAGGUAGACCAGAAGAUGUUGCAUCAUACCUUAUUGAACUGAAGAAAGAUCUUUGCAUAGGUCAGGAAGGCUUUCCAUCUUAUGUUGUCUUUGGGGGAGGGACCAGCAGCUCUAUGCUAUCAUGAAGAAUCUAAAACGUAAGGAUCUUGACACUUUUGAAUGGCUUUUUCCUGUACCUGGUGAUUGGCAUUUUAUCAAAACAGUGUCAGAAGUUCUGAAAAGUGUUAUGGAAUGGAGGGUUUCACUAUAGCAGCAACUUGUGGCACGAAGAAUGAGGUCUCAAAGUGGAAGGAUAUACAUCGAAUUCUCAUAGGAUUACUAGAAGCCCUAAUGAGAGCAAUUUUAAAACAUUGUCAUGAUACGGGCCUUUUUGACAUUUUUGAAGAGUUUCAGGACUGGGGAAAAUUUGAGAUCUGUGUGCAGGAAUUGUCCAAAGGGAAAAAUGAAGUUAGCCAGUUCUGGUGUAAUUUGCUUCACUUCCUAAUGGUGUACUUUGCCUACUAUAUGGCAAUUAGAUCAGGGAACUGGGUCCUUUGCAA